CGGGCAGUCCACAACAUGGCUUCUGUCUCCGAGCUCACCUGCAUCUACUCCGACCUUAUCCUGCACGAUGAGGUGACGGUCAUGGAGGAUAAGAUCAAUGCCCUGAUUAAAGCAGCUGGUGUCAAUGUUGAACUUUUCUGGCCUGACUUGUUUGCAAAGGCUCUGGCCAAUGUCAACAUUGGGAGCCUCAUCUGCAAUGUAGGGGCUGGUGGGCCAGCUCCAGCAGCUGGAGCUGCGCCUGCUGGUGGUCCUGCUCCAUCCACCGCUGCUGCCCCAGCUGAGGAGAAGAAAGUAGAAGCAAAGAAGGAAGAAUCUGAGGAGUCCGAGGAUGACACGGGCUUUGGUCUUUUUGACUAA